UGAGAACAAUUUAUGGGACCCAACUAAAAUGCGAUUUUGAAAAGUAAAAGACAAGCUAAGAAUCAGAACACUAGCUCCAUUUUUGUUCUUCCCAUUUCUCCGGUGCUUUAACUCUUUGGAAAAAAUCCUUGUUGCUCUACAGACUACAGCUACGCUUCAAUUCUACGAUCUCUGCUGAAAAGGUUAAAGAAAAAAUGGCGACAACCGUAUUUACCCCAGCUUUAGAACAGAUUAAGGAAGUGAAAACUGUGGAGGGAGACAUGUUGACGAAGCCUUUCUUGGAUGCUUGCAAGCAUAUCCUUCCUGUCAUAGAUAAGUUUGGUGCUGCCAUGGCAUUAGUAAAAUCUGAUGUUGGUGGAAAUAUUACAAGAUUGGAGAACAAGUACAACUCAGAUCCAGACAAAUUUAAGUUUUUGUAUAGUAUGGUACAGGCAGAGGUUGAAACUAAGACAGCUAAAGGCUCAUCCAGCUGUACAAAUGGUCUGCUAUGGCUGACAAGAGCUAUGGAUUUCUUGGUGGAACUAUUCCGCAACUUACUCGAGCAUGCAGAUUGGUCAAUGUCUCAAGCUUGUACCGACUCCUACGGAAAGACCUUGAAGAAAUGGCAUGGGUGGCUUGCCAGUUCAACUUUCACUGUUGCUAUGAAGUUGGCUCCUGAUAGGAGUAAGUUUAUGGAGGUCCUGGGGGGUGAUGCCGUCAAGUCUGAUAUUGAGCAAUUUUUGACAACCUUUACCCCACUGCUUCAACAGAACCACAAGUUUUUGGCUAGUGUGGGAUUGGAUGAACUGAAAGCUUCUUAAUGGACAAAGGAGCUACAUGUGCUAAGUUAGAAAUAUACUCCCUCUGCCCCUUUACCAUAUAACUCAAAUAUGUAAGAACUUUUUGAGUCAAAGUAAUGGAGGGAGUAUUAAGCUGGUAACCUAAGAGACUUUACCUAUGCGAUAUUGUAAUUCCUUGUUCCUGUUUAACAUUUCUCAGUCACUUACCGCUUGUUUUACUUAAGAUAAUCAAAAUUUUAGCGAAUGCACUUUGAAUUAUGUAAUAUGAGUAUAUUACCCUUCACGAAUCAUGAUUA